GGUGUAGGAUUUUAAAGAUGGCGAAACGAUACGGCUUUGAUAUUUCGGAAACGAUAAAUAUCCGCGAGUUUUUGUCAAAAUGGGAUAAUGCUUUAUAUCUUAGUUGUGCACAGGAGCCAAUUAAAAGCCCCGAGAUGAUUGCAAAGGCAAUGAACAUGAGCAUAGAAAAUGUCAAAGAGUUAGAGACCGUUUGCAGUUUAGAUCAGCUAAAUAAGCCCGGAACAACUGUUCAGAGCAGAUGGGAAAGCCUUGUAGAGAUACCUGAUGAUGUCAACUUGUUUUGCACCAGAUUUCAAGCUCAAGAAUUAGAAAGGAGAUCAAACAAAAAUUACAACUUACAAGUCAUGAGAAAAUUCAAGUACAAAAUGUAUGAUCAAUAUCCAACGACAAAUCUAUCCGGAAUUAUGCUAAACAGCGAUCGUGACGUACCGGAGGAGUGUCAGGUGAUCUACCCAGAUGUUGUGAUCACGGCACACAUACAUCGCGGUGUUAAGACUUUCAUUAAGGAGCGGGAAGAAGAAGCACAUGGCAAACUGGAGCAACUGUUGCUUACCAACACAAUGCUGGUACUCGGCCGGCAGAAGCUGACAGAUUUGCGUGAUGUCAUACGAUGUGCCAACGACCUAGUCAUAGCCGGAGAUGCUAGCGAAAACCCAGAUGUUGAAAGCCAGGAAUAUGCCAAGGACAUAUUCAAGUCUGGUCUGUUCUUCAUUCACAACACUUUCUACAAUGAUUUAAGGGAGCAGGAUUGCAGGGAUUACAGUCAAGUUAUACGUGACUGGGGGGCGGGGCAGGGACGCAACAUGGGUCCAUACGAGGUGAAGAAGAUGGAGGACGUUACAUUCCUGGACCUGACAUUGCAACUGGGGAGACCAUACCUGUACCUGCACCAGGGCGACUGUGAACACAUUAUCAUCUUCAGUGAUAUCAGAUUGCUGACCAAGGAACAUUCUCAAGAUGUGAGGGAAUACCCUUACCUCCUGAACAAAUGUCGCCGUGCAAGAACUCUCUGUAGAGUAUGUAGCAAACAGGCAGCCAGGUGGAUUACAUAUGGCAGCGAAUUUGCACCAGAGAAUCCAUGUUUCUUUUGUGACGUUUGUUUUCGAGCCUUGCAUUAUGAUGAGAACAACAAAAAGGUCAGCAGAUUUGAGGCAUACAGAUUCUUUGACCACCAUGCUGUCGUUUGAAAGCAAAAGCGUGAUGGUAUUAGAAGAAGUACGAAAACACUCAUACAAAUGAUGGAGAAAAAUGCCAUUAGAACGUUGUGCAUCUAGGUCUGUGAAGGAGAUUACAUUACUCUUUUCAAGCGCCUUUAUGUGUCAUGUAUUGUGAGUAUGUUCACAAGAGUUAUGUGCAGCUUGUUGUUUUGGUUCACAUAUUAUGUGUAAACUUAGAAAUACUAGGUUUAUCUCAUGCAUGUAUGUGUAUGAUUUGUUUGGCAUCAACAUAAAAAGUAGCAGUAGGCCUACUUAAUGAAGUCAUGAUUGAAAUAAAUCGAAUGUUGUUUUAUAGAUAUUUUUAAGGUUUCUGGUUCCAUUUCCAUGUCCAUUACUCAGAGGGGGUAAUUACGUGAUAGUCAAGAUGGCGAUGUUCAUGCCGAGGCAGGUAUUUUUGGCUGUUUUAUACCAUUUAUUACUUGUAUUUAUAAUUUAAAUGCCGCUCACUUUCUAGUUAUAUCAGCAAGACAGUUACUAGCGUUUAUUUCGUGUUGAUUAUCACUCUUUAUCUCGAAUUUACUUGCUGUGAAAUUUUUAGCGGGAUGACCUUAUUUAAGCUCUACUAAGAAAAUUUGCAGAGAGUAAAGUCGAGAUCUAAAGCGAAUUUUAAUAAGAAAUAAACGCUAAUCACAUGUUUACUGAUAUGGCUGGAAAGUGAGCAUCAUCUAACAAUUAAAUAAAAGUAUUAAAGGGUAUCAAAUGGCGAAAAAUAACUGUCUGGGCAUGGACACGUGAUUACCCCCUCUGUUACUUUUUGUAAAAUGUAUGCUUAUUGUGCAGGCCAAAAAUUGUCAUACAAAGAUUAACCCUAUGUUGGCACUAUUCAAAUGAUGAUAAAUCUUUAUUAUGCCCCCUUUGAAGAAGAGGGGUUAUAUUGUUUUGCACAUGUUGGUCUGUCCGUCGGUCCGUCAACCGAAUGGUUUUCGGAUGAUAACUCAAGAAGGCUUACGCCUAGGAUCAUGAAACUUCAUAGGUACAUUGAUCAUGACUCGCAGAUGAACCCUAUUGAUUUUCAGGUCACUAGGUCAAAGGUCAAGGUCACAGUGACUAGAACCAGUACAAAUGGUUUCCGGACGAUAACUCAAGAAUGCUAACGCCUAGGAUCAUGAAACUUCAUAGGUACAUUGAUCAUGACUUGCAGAUGACCCCUAUUGAUUUUCAGGUCACUAGGUCAAGGUCACGGUGACUCAACACAGAAAAAUGGUUUCCGGAUGAUAACUCAAGAACGCUUACGCCUAGGAUUAUAAACUACAUAGGUACAUGGAUCAUGACUCGCAGAUGACCCCUAUUGAUUUCAGGUCACUAGGUCAAAGGUCAAGGUCACGGUGACUCGAACCAGUAAAAUGGUUUCCGGAUAACUCAAGAACGCUUAUGCCUAGGAUCAUGAAACUUCAUAGGUACAUUGAUCAUGACUCGCAGAUGACCCCUAUUGAUUUUCAGGUCACUUGGUCAAAGGUCAAGGUCACGGUGACUCGAACCAGUAAAAUGGUUUCUGGAUGAUAACUCAAGAACGCUUAGGCCUAGGAUCAUGAAACUUCAUAGGUACAUUGAUCAUGACUCACAGAUGACCCCUAUUGAUUUUCAGGUCACUAGGGCAAGGUCACGGUGACUCGAACCAGUAAAAUGGUUUCCGGAUGAUAAAUCAAGAACGCUUACGCCUAGGAUCAUGAAACUUCAUAGGUACAUUUAUCAUGACUCGCAGAUGACCCCCUAUAGAUUUUCAGGUCACUAGGUCAGGUGACUUGACACAGUUAAAUGGUUUCCGGAUGAUAACUCAGAAAGCUUAUGCCUAGGAUCAUGAAACUUCAUAGGUACAUGGAUCAUGACUCGCAGAUGACACCUAUUGAUUUUCAGGUUACUAGGUCAAAGGUCAAGGUAACGGUGACUCGACACAGUAAAAUGGUUUCCGGAUGAUAACUCAAGAAAGCUUACACCUAGGAUCAUGAAACUUCAUAGGUACAUUGAUCAUGACUGGCAGAUGACCCCAAUUGAUUUUCAGGUCACAAGGUCAAUGUCACAGUGACAAAAAACGUAUUCACACAAUGGCUGCCACUACAACUGACUGCCCAUAUGGGGGGCAUGCAUGUUUUACAAACAGCACUUGUUUAAGAUACUCAUAUAUUUUACCAGGUUUUUAACCAGGUUUUCCGAAGGAAAAAACUGGUUAUUAGAUUGGCGAAUGCGGGCUGGCUGGCUGGCGGGCAGGCGGGCAAACAAGCUUGUCCAGGCCAUAAUUAUGUUGUUAAUUGUCAGAUUUUAAAAUCAUUUGGCACAUUUGUUCACCAUCAUUGGACGGUGUGUCGCGCAAAAGAAUAACGUCGAUAUCUCCGAGGUCAAGUUCACACUUUGAGUUCAAUGGUCAAAAAUGUCCAUAAAUGAGCUUGUGUUAUGUAAUAAUGUAGAUAUCUCCAAGGUCAACGUCGCCACGACUAAAAAUAGAUUGUUUCAGAAACAAGGGGGGUAACUGUGAUGAACAAUCAGUUGCAAUGCACAUUUUGAGUUGGAGUUGUCUUCCUUUAUCAGACAUUUUUUUAUUUUAUUGAAAACCUGGUUUUGUGACAAUUUUGUCCCUUGUUUAAAGUUUUAAAUUCCAUGUUAUCCUACACUUUUUCAAUGUUAAGUAUUCACAUUUACUUUGAUUGUUUCUUCUGAUAUGGAGUUGUGCUGUGAGAUUUUUAUAAUUGUUCUUAAAAAUUAAGAAAUAAUUUCUGUAGCAUUACUUCGAUUGUAGCCUUUUACUCUGAAACAACAAGGCCUAAAGGUUUAAUAUUUGGCAUGUUGUUUUUUGCCACUUUUCUUCAAAUAAUGGCCUUAGGAUCAAAACUGGCCGUGCCCAAGGGUAAAUGUUUUUAUGGUUAAAAAUUGCUAAAAAUUAAAGGGACUUGUUUACAGAUUUUGGCAUGUUUCAAAGUUUGCCAUUUAAUCUUUUAAAUUGAUAAAUGCUAACAAUGGAAUAAAAGAGCACCAGCAUUAAAUAGAAGAAAAGUAAAGAAAAAAAAAAGUAUUCCACACCUGGACUGGAACCACUGAACCUUGAUGUAAAAGUCUAGCGCUUAGACCACUCCGCAAUCCAUGAUAAUACUGGGUUUAUUCACAGAGGUAUGCGGUACUUGAUAUUAUUCAAUCACAGUAAUGUUACAAAUACAAAUUUUUUAACACAGCUCCAAAUUAUUCCAUCUUUUUGUGUUUGAAACGCUUUAUAAUUUUCAGAUUUUUAAAUCAUCAAAAGAUGCAUAUAAUUGAUAUUUUAGAGCAUAGUAAAUGAUCAGUAUUACUAUUUCCUUGUAAAAAAAUAAUUUCAAAGAACAUUUGCAAAUCUGAAACAUUUAUUUGUCAAUUUUGUCAAUUUAUUAAUACGAGAACAGGUCCCUUUAACACAUGUGACGUCAGGUGUGUUGGUCACUACUUUGACAAGCCUGAACAUGAUUGUUGUACAGGAACUGUCGAUAAUAAUGACAAGCCUGAACAUGAUUGUUGUACAGGAACUGUCGAUAAUGAAAGCCAUGUUCUGGGAAAACUGGGCUUAAUGCAUGUGCGUAAAAUGUCCCAGAUUAGCCCGUGCAGUCUGCACAUGCUAAUCAGGGACAAAACUUUCCACUUUUAUGAAUUAUUUUCAUUUAAAAUAAGACUUUUCUAUAAUCUUAAAUCCAGUUCAGGCAAACAGUGUCCAUUUUUUCCAGAAAGAACAUCAUGCGCAAAGCAAGAUCUGUUGUGAAUGAUUGUAAAACUGAAGCUUUUACUUCAGCAUAUUAAAAAAGUCUGAACAUCA